CAUUUUAGGGCUACCUAAAUGUUUCUUGUGCUACAAACAAGUGGACAUACUAGUCAACAGUCUGGUGAUUAGAAUUGCACAGAUAUGUAGACGUUGUUGCGGACACGUUGUUGCGGACACGUUGUUGCGGACACGUUGUAGCGGUCACGGUCAAUGGUGUUCUUUGUAAACAUAUAACAUGACACUGCACGGGGACAAUGUUCUGUGUUUACUGUAUCACUCAGUAAUGACUCCUCUCAGCUGUUUAUAAAGGUUUAAGCCUCGAACAAGCGCGGUGUUAGAGGGCUGGCGGCGGCUGGGAUCAAUAGUUAGAGGUUACAGCGGUCUGGCGCUAGCUAACCAAACUGUUGUCUUCCGAUGUGUACACUCCACAAACACGGAUGGAGCAAUGAUGGAUGUUUAAAUCUAGCUAAUGUCAGAGUUGCCGCUUGUUGAUAAGAUCAUUUCCGGCUUACCCGAAUUGCAUACGCAAUAGCAGAAUAACGAGUCCUUAUUGACUAAUUAAGCAGAAGUCCAAGGCCUGUGUAGUGAGUGUAGUAGAGGCCACACAAGUGUAGUGACAUCCCCCAGGGUUUUGUCCUAAUUUAGGGCUUAUAGUUCCAAUACUUAAUUGAAGAUCAAACGAUCACACUUGUUAUCCGACUUUUAAAAAAUGAAGUUUUUUAAUGAGUAGUAUUUCAGUAGUCCAUCCCUAAAGUCCGAUUAAUAAUUCUUACUUUAUUCAAAAGCUGCAGCUUCUCGCUGGACUUCUGCUGACAAUUGUUUAUGGUAAACACAUUAUACGCACCCGCUAAGGAGGCUGGAAUGUAUCGGAUGUUAGAGGUGGCUAGGCCUAAGUCAUCGCUGUUCACGAUGACCCAGUUGCCAUUGCUUCACUUCAUACAGCUUUGAUAUUUGUACCUAAAUAUUAUGCGCGUGUUGCAUCCCGUGACGUUGUUACCUUUGUCGUUAUUGCAAAGUACGUGUCGGAGUAGUUUCUCCUAAAAAAAAAAAAUUGCAUAAAGAUACGAAGCCGUCUUAUAUGGUUUUGUAUUGCGUAUAUGAUCACAGAAAUUCUAGCUGACGGUUUAAAAGUUCAAACGUAGAAGUGACUACAAAUAGUACAAAGAAAGGCUAAGUCGUAUGCUAGUUAAUGUAUUCGAGUUCACGACGUACUUUUAACUAGAAUUGCUUACGUAAACGACGAAGGUAGACGCAAAAGGGAUGGCACGAUCGCACGGUAUUUAGGUUAGGCGGUGAACAGGUGUGCGACCGCGGACUCGCGGGUGUGAGGCCUGCGAAGGGGGGCGUCAUGUCAGAGGGGGUCAAAACGUGCAGUGAACUAGUAGAGCGGCGCACACGCGCAGUCUGCGCGCCGGGCACUCGCGCGCACCAUGGCAUCCGCACUCUUCACUCGCAAAGAGGUCGAGAGCCGCAACACGAGGAACGACGCCGUCAUCAUCAUCGACAACGUGGUAUGCGACGUGACGCGGUUCCUGCUCGACCACCCCGGCGGCAUAGAGGUGCUUCUCGACAACGCCGGCAAGGACGCGUCCAAAUGCUUCCACGAUAUCGGGCACAGCGAGUACGCGCGUGACUGGAUGCAGACGUUCGCCAUUGGCGAGGUGGUGCCGGAAGAGAGGCGCGCAGUGCUUCCGUGGCCCCCCGCGGAGGGCGAGGAGCAGUGGCAGGCUGAGCAGUGGUCAGUGCGAGGGCUGGUGGACACGUGCGGCGCACCGCUGGUGCUGGCGGUCUGCGCCGCGCUGCUCUACACGUACCUGUUCUAGUAGAGGCUGCGGGUGGCGGGUGGCGGGUGGAGGGAACGGGCGGCGGUCGGCGGACAGCUGGAGCCGCCUCAAGGUCGACGGCUUCAUCGCGCGAGUGGUGGCUUGGCCAUACUUAAAUAUCGUGCAUUUCAAAACAUUUCUAUAUUUGUGUAAGAAACUAUUAUUCUAAGACGUAUGUAUAAGUGUACACAUAUAAAGUCGGUGACCGGGAUAUACAUUUGCUAUUAAAGGUUUUGUCCUCGGUCGGCAUUUGAUUAUUUAUAAGUUUAUCACUGUUUGUAUAAACUUUUCCACGUUAUUUCUUUUAGUUGGAGUCGGAGGACGUCCUUGUACUUUGGAACGUGACUGCGCACAUUUGUGUAUGACUACGAUAAAUAUUUCCACAUAAUAUUAUUAUAAGUAACUUUGUAUGAAAUGAACGUUGCAAUAAUGUGGUAAUUUUGUAAAAGGCGUCAGGAGAGGACGAGUGCCGGCGCGCGCUGUCACCUUGUUCAUACCGUACACCAGUUCCUAUUUACUGUUUCAAUUUGUCAGUAGUUUUGCGUGUGCGCGCAUAUAACAAUAUUAUAUAAUAAUAAAUAAAUAAUCUGUGAUACACAUAGCUCAUCGCAUCGAGCUUCGCAGUCAAGCUGUAUACAUGCACCAGCUACCUUCCUUGCGGACUAUAAUAUUAUACUACACUACAUAGGAAGGUUUAUUAUGAACUACGGUAAAUCCUAAAAUUUACUGCUAAAACCUACGAUUCUCCAAACAGUAAAAAGGUAACAUUUUGUGAUAAAAGUUCGAAAACUUAUGUGGUUGUUGUUUCGGGCAAACACUACUAUUCCCCAGGUGAAUCAUAAGAUUUUCUUUAAAUGCCUGCUAAAUGUCGAACAAACAAACGAACAGCAUCCAUUUUUUAAGAAUAUAUAUUAACAUUUUUUUAAUUAGCGUAAAUUAAAUUGUCUUAAUUUCCGUAAAAAAAUAACCGGUUAUUUUCUUAAAACCAUAAUGUUAAUCGGUUGAUUAUCAACAUUUACACUGCCUACUUCUGAUCCUGAGAAUAAUCUAGAGAAUGGUGAUAAUAUAACAUUGAGAUUGAUCGAAACAGAAGCUGUUGCGUAGUGACAUAUGUGACGUAUAUAUGUAUGUAUGUACAUUUACAUUACAAUAAAUUGGUAUUGGUUUGUUUA